CACACACACACACACACACACACACACACACACACACACCAGCAUGGCUAACAUCGCGGUGCAGAGGAUAAAACGAGAAUUUAAAGAAGUCCUAAAAAGCGAAGAGUUUCAAUGAAAAUACUCUCCUUUCGUGUGGAUAUCGACGGGAAACAUUGCCUUGUUUGAUUAAUUUCUUCCAAACAAUACUUUACGACGUUGACAAGUUUCAUAUCGUUGUAUAUUUUGCUUCCCUGCAAGCUAGGCUAAGCUCCUCACAAGCUAAUGUCUGAGGAAGGAAAGAAGCAAGCAAGCCAGAAAGCCAGAAAGCAGGCCCAUCUGACUGCAAACUGACCUGAUUUUAUGAAUGAUUUCAGGGAAUUCAUUCUCAAGUACGAGUAAAAACCAGAUUAAAGUCGACCUGGUGGAUGAGAACUUCACAGAACUGAAGGGGGAGAUCGCAGGACCGCCGGACACACCUUACGAAGGUGGACGAUACCAGCUAGAAAUUAAAAUUCCAGAAACGUAUCCCUUCAAUCCUCCAAAGGUACGGUUUAUUACAAAAAUCUGGCAUCCCAACAUCAGUUCAGUAACCGGUGCCAUAUGUCUGGAUAUUUUAAAGGACCAGUGGGCGGCGGCCAUGACACUCCGGACAGUCCUGCUGUCUCUACAGGCCUUAUUGGCAGCGGCGGAACCAGACGAUCCGCAGGAUGCGGUGGUGGCCAAUCAGUAUAAGCAGAACCCAGAGAUGUUUAAGCAGACGGCUCGGCUCUGGUCACACGUUUACGCAGGGGCACCAGUCUCCAGUCCAGACUACACGCGCAAAAUAGAAAAACUGUGUGCUAUGGGCUUUGAUAAAAACGCAGUAAUAGUGGCGCUGUCAUCAAAAUCCUGGGAUGUGGAGACAGCAACAGAGUUGUUGCUUAGCAACUGAACCUCAAGCACCCUGAUCUCUGCCCAUGUCCCGUUAUCACAUUAUCCCCGACUCCACCCACGUCCAAGUCGGAUUUACUUCCUGUACAGAUAAAUUGCACCCUGACUCCUCAAACCCGACAUGCCACAUUUUGCGAGUUCCUCUCUCUCUCUCUCUCUCUCUCUCUCUCUCUCUCUCUCUCUCUCUCUCUGUUUCGGCAUCGCAUUUGUCGUUUCUCCUUUUUCUCUCACGCCUUCGACUUAGCAUCUUUUCACACUCACGCGAUCAACUAUUUGAGUUAAGGGUCCCUUUCCCCUCGAAAGAAUUCCGCAUUUAUUUUUUUGCCAUCAUUGCCACCCUUCGGAAUUCUCUUCAUCUUGAUCAUGUGGUUCCUCCUACAGUGCUGGAGAUCCCCAAACUGCUCGCUCACUUCCAUUUUUUGCGCAAUCCCCCAAGCGCUUUUAUGACAAAUCUCAUUUCCGCAGUGCCAUUAAUUCCGAAUGAAAAACACACAAACCCAAUAUCACACGUGACCCUGAUAACGUUAUCGGGGAAAAACACACAAAAAGAUCAAGACUGCAACGGAAUACAAAAACGAAAUGUGUCAAGAAGUACACGGGAUCGCACUCGUAGAACAAAGGACCGACUGAAGAAUCCGCAAAAGAAAGAAAAGAUUUCAUCUGUAAAUAAAGCUAUUAAAGUCUGUAUAAAUUAAAGCAAUGUGGCAAUGCUUUUAUUUAUUAUUGUGUUAAGGAAAAAAUAAAAUAAGAGUUUUGUGGCUAAUGAAGCUAA